AUUUCAUAAAGUAUGGUCGAUUAUUAGCCUAGUGCAGGCUACCCAUCUUCAAUAAACUACUUUUUUAAAUUGAAAGUGUGAAGAAGCGGAAAAGAUUCAUUCUUCUUUCUUGCGGAAGGAAAAGGAAAAAGAGAAGAGUAGCAGAAUCUGUUUUGGGUUUUCUCCUCUUCGCCUAGCUCGAAGACCCUUUCGUUGAAUCUUCGUAAUUGAGGGUUUCGAAGGAGGAUGAUGGUAGCUAAAAGCUUCGAUCUUUGGCAAAAGGAUGUCUUUUUCUCCGCCGCCGAGGAGGUUCAACAAUCUGCUGAUACGAUGGAAUCUGCAUAUAGGCUUUGGGUUAAAGAGAAGAGAGAAGGUCGAGUCUCUGUAGAAUCAGACAACCUCUGCAAUGAACUUCAAGCAGCUUUGAGCACAGCUAAAUGGCAGCUGGAAGAGUUUGAGAGGGCAGUGAGGUUGAGCCAUGGGCGUUGUCGAGACGACACCACGUUGACUAGGCACAAACAGUUUGUCUCCGCUAUCGAAAACCAGAUUCAUCGAGUGCAAUCUGCUUUGAGUGAGAACGGGGAACAGCCUUUGCGUUGGGUGGAUCUUAACAAAGAGGAGCGUGAUGACCUUGCCAUGUUUCUGUCUGGAUCUUCUCAGACAUCUGAGAGUUUCAGCAGUGAAAGCAUCAACGUGAGUAGAUGUUACGGUGAGAGGACUCCUGACUGUGUGAUAGACAUUGACGACGAGAGAGGUAGCCCUGAAAGUGCUGGUAAUAGAAACGGUGCAAGAAGAACAUGGAGUUCACCUGAUAUUAGCGCGUUGAGGAUUAAUGUUCCUCUUGAAGAAGAGGAGAAUAAGAGAUAUGUGUCACAAACAGAAGCUACUCCUAAAGAAAAAGGAUAUAAGCCUCUGUUUUGGAUGCAGAGAUGUCGUGAUUAUAACCAGCUCUUUGACAGAGUCAGAUACUAUCAAAGGCGGUUUGGGGUUCCAUUUAACCGAGGAGUUCAGCUCGUUCUUUCGUUCACGCUACUAUUGUUUCUUCUAUUACUCUUUCGAGCUUAUUAAUCUUGACAGGUUAUUUUUAACGGAUUCUUGCGUGUUGGUGGUGGUCACACAACUUAGAUGCUACAUGAUAUUCAACAUCCCUUGAGAAAGAUUAAAAAGGCUUUGUCAAGAACCAAAGGAGAACGAACAAGCCUGCUUUCUAUUUCGCUUAGUCCUGAGGGAACAUGUAAAGUUGUAUACCUAUUUGUAAAACUUGAAGCUAUGUUUUCUGAGGUUUAGACGGUGUUUCUAAAGAAAACCAAUGUGUGUUGUUGUGUUCAGCCAUAUAUCUCAAUUCUCAAGUGUUUAUGUGCC